AUGUCUCUCGCCAAGAAGAUGCUGACUGGCGUUGUUGGCGAGAGGAGAUGGCUGACUGGCGUUGGUGCUGGCGAGAGGAGAUGGCUGACUGGCGUUGGUGCUGGCGAGAGGAGAUGGCUGACUGGCGUUGGUGCUGGCGAGAGGAGAUGGCUGACUGGCGUUGGUGCUGGCGAGAGGAGAUGGCUGACUGGCGUUGGUGCUGGCGAGAGGAGAUGGCUGACUGGCGUUGGUGCUGGCGAGAGGAGAUGGCUGACUGGCGUUGGUGCUGGCGAGAGGAGAUGGCUGACUGGCGUUGGUGCUGGCGAGAGGAGAUGGCUGACUGGCGUUGGUGCUGGCGAGAGGAGAUGGCUGACUGGCGUUGGUGCUGGCGAGAGGAGAUGGCUGACUGGCGUUGGUGCUGGCGAGAGGAGAUGGCUGACUCGCGUUGGUGCUGGCGAGAGGAGAUGGCUGACUGGCGUUGGUGCUGGCGAGAGGAGAUGGCUGACUGGCGUUGGUGCUGGCGAGAGGAGAUGGCUGACUGGCGUUGGUGCUGGCGAGAGGAGAUGGCUGACUGGCGUUGGUGCUGGCGAGAGGAGAUGGCUGACUGGCGUUGGUGCUGGCGAGAGGAGAUGGCUGACUGGCGUUGGUGCUGGCGAGAGGAGAUGGCUGACUGGCGUUGGUGCUGGCAAGAGGAUAAGGCUGACUGGCGUUGGUGCUGGCGAGAGGAGAUGGCUGACUGGCGUUGGUGCUGGCGAGAGGAGAUGGCUGACUGGCGUUGGUGCUGGCGAGAGGAGAUGGCUGACUGGCGUUGGUGCUGGCGAGAGGAGAUGGCUGACUGGCGUUGGUGCUGGCGAGAGGAGAUGGCUGACUGGCGUUGGUGCUGGCGAGAGGAGAUGGCUGACUGGCGUUGGUGCUGGCGAGAGGAGAUGGCUGACUGGCGUUGGUGCUGGCGAGAGGAGAUGGCUGACUGGCGUUGGUGCUGGCGAGAGGAGAUGGCUGACUGGCGUUGGUGCUGGCGAGAGGAGAUGGCUGACUGGCGUUGGUGCUGGCGAGAGGAGAUGGCUGACUGGCGUUGGUGCUGGCGAGAGGAGAUGGCUGACUGGCGUUGGUGCUGGCGAGAGGAGAUGGCUGACUGGCGUUGGUGCUGGCAAGAGGAUAAGGCUGACUGGCGUGCAUCCCGAGGUUGACUGGAGUGGUGCUGCUAUCUCGUUGGAGCUGGAACGGGAGGGCCGUGAACUGCCUCUCGCCAAGAGCUGGAGCAGGAGAAGUGCUGCUGCGUUCGUGCUGCUGCCGAGAGGAGAUGGCGGAUUGGCGUUGGGGGUUGCAACUCUCUGUUCCUUGUGCAGAGGCGUGGCUGGGGAGGCGGAGCAGCAGCUGGAGAGUGCUGCUGGGGUGGAGGCAAGUGGAGCAGCAGCAACUGGAGCAGCAAUGACUGGAGAAGCAAUGGGAGGAGGACCGGCUGUGAGGCGCUUUGACCCCCUGGGGGCCAAAGGAUCAACACAAGAGCAGCAGCGGGAGGUGGAGCGGCGCCUUCAAGUGAGGCGCUUUGACCCCCUGGGGGGCAAAGGAUCAACACACGAGGAGCAGCGGGAGGUGGAGCGGCGCCUUCAAGUGAGGCGCUUUGACCCCCUGGGGGGCAAAGGAUCAACACACGAGGAGCAGCGGGAGGUGGAGCGGCGCCUUCAAGUGAGGCGCUUUGACCCCCUGGGGGGCAAAGGAUCAACAUACGAGGAGCAGCGGGAGGUGGAGCAGCGCCUUCAAGUGAGGCGCUUUGACCCCCUGGGGGGCAAAGGAUCAACACACGAGGAGCAGCGGGAGGUGGAGCGGCGCCUUCAAGUGAGGCGCUUUGACCCCCUGGGGGGCAAAGGAUCAACACACGAGGAGCAGCGGGAGGUGGAGCGGCACCUUCAAGUGAGGCGCUUUGACCCCCUGGGGGGCAAAGGAUCAACACACGAGGAGCAGCGGGAGGUGGAGCGGCGCCUUCGAACAGCCGCGAGACUUCAAGACGCCUCCAGCCCCCUCGGUAACAGAAGGGAGAAGUGGCGCAUCGGAGCACUCGAUCGCGGUGGAGCAGAGGAGGUGGGAGGAGAGAAGGCGCGGAGGAGAGGAGGCGUGGAGGAGAGGAGGCGCGGAGGAGAGGAGGCGCGGAGGAGAGGAGGCGCUAAGGAGAAUUCCCUGCCAUUGCACUGCCGGAUGAGAGGUGCAGGGGAGUGGAGGAGCAAAGGAGAUGGCCAGCAACAAAAUGAGAGGCAGCAGCAGAAGAGAAGGCCAUUGGUGACACCAGCUGUGGCAGCAGCAGUGGGAGCAGAUGAUGCUGCCUCACUCCCGCGUGCUACUGCAGAAGAGCAGAGGAGACGACCCGCAGCUGCUGGGAGCAGAAGAGAAGGCCAGCUGCUAUCUCCCUCGCUCCUACCUCCUGCCCAUGAGCUGCAUCAGAGGAGGGGGGGCAGAGGAGAUGCAUCAGGGGAGGAGGAACAGAAGAGAUGCAUCAGAGGAGGAGGAGCAGAGGAGAUGCAUCCGAGGAGGAGAUGGAGGAUAGGUGGAGCAGAGGAGGUGGAGAAGCAGAGGAGUUGGCUCAGCUGA